AUGGUUAUUGGGCAUGAAGCUGAAGAACAAGUUGAGGAGGAAGCUGAGCAAGCGCCUGAGCACAUGGAGCAAGAGAUUCAAGUUGAUGGGCAGUUGAGCGAACCAGAAUGUUACUACUUCCUUGACCCUAUUAAGGUGAUCCCACUUUGCCAUAUACCACCUCAAAGAAGUCUCUCAGCCGAGCAAGAGAUGUUAAGCCCUCAAGCACCACCACCUACUUGGGAUAGUCCUCCAAGACCAUCUCCUUUGAAGUCAAAGAAGAACCUUCUUCCCUACCUUGAAGCAGCCGACUUGGAGACGUCUAGCCAAGCCGCAUCCUACAGAGAAGAACACCUUCUAGCCACACCAGAAGAGGACAUUGACCCUAAACUGAUGGAGUUCGUGAAAAGAUCAAUUCCAUGA